GACGUCACGCCGCGGGCGCUGUCAUGGUAACAGUGGCUUUAGUCGGUAAUGGAGGUGGCGGCGAACACACACAGCAUCAGGCCGAGCCAGCAGCACCGGUUCCGGCCGGCCGUUGUAUCCGGCUGUAUCCGGGAGCUGGUGAGGGAACAGUUGAGCGGAGAGACCUACGACUCGGAGCGGAGUGCGGACCUCGCACAGACACUCAGCGCGCACAUCACUGCCCGACUCAAAGAGUUGGGGCUGGAUCGAUAUAAGCUGAUUGUGCAGGUGGUUAUUGGAGAACAGCGAGGAGAAGGAGUACAGAUGGCGUCUCGGUGUUUCUGGGACGCGGACACCGACAGCUGCGCCAAAGACGUUUACAUGAACGACAGCCUGUUCUGUGUGGCUGCUGUGUUUGGGGUUUACUAUUACUGAGGAACCGAUUUCUACGUGGGACGUCUGUGGAUCAGUGUGGCAGAUGGACUUUGUUUAUUGUGUAUGAGGUGCUCAGUGCGUGUCUGUUGUUGUGUAAGAAACGUAUGUAGCUUUAAUUCUGCAUUCAGCACUGAGAGCUUCGCUCUGCUGCUCCGGACGUGUGGCAGGAAAAACGGCAUUAUUGGCAGCCGCGUCUGUAGAGCAGCUGCUUUUGUACAUCUAGAAUCUGUUUAUAAUGAAAAUCAAAGCUUGAUUAAAACGUUCGAGAGAUUUUACGCUCCUUA